CUGCUCGCACGUCAAAGCACACGUGCAUCGACUACGUGGGGCCGCUGCUAACGUUGUGUACACACGUGAAUUGUGUGUUUCGUUAGGAAUUGCCUUUUCUAAACUUGUGUAGAGAUUCAGAUACAGUUCAGUAAUGGGAGGUCUUCAGAAGAAAAAGUAUGAGAGGGGAUCUGCCACCAACUACAUCACCAGAAACAAAGCUCGCAAGAAGUUACAGCUGAGCCUCCCGGAUUUCAGGCGACUGUGCAUCCUCAAAGGAAUCUACCCUCAUGAGCCCAAGCACAAGAAGAAGGUGAACAAGGGCUCCACAGCCCCCAGGACCUUCUACCUGCUCAAAGACAUCCGCUUCCUCCUGCAUGAGCCCAUCGUUGGCAGGUUCAGAGACUACAAGGUGUUUGUACGCAAACUUAAGAGGGCUUAUGGAAAAACCGAGUGGUCUGCAGUUGAGAGACUGAAGGAGAACAAGCCCACCUAUAAACUGGACCACAUCAUCAAAGAAAGGUACCCCAGCUUCAUCGACGCCCUCCGUGAUAUUGACGACUCCCUCUGCAUGUGCUUCCUCUUCUCCACCUUCGCCCGGACAGGAAAAUGCCACGUGCAGACCAUCCAGCUGUGUCGACGCCUCACUGUGGAGUGGAUGAACUAUGUGGUGGCAGCUCGUGCUCUCAAAAAGGUUUUCAUCUCCAUCAAGGGAAUAUAUUACCAGGCUGAGGUGAUGGGACAGCUCACUACGUGGCUGGUGCCAUACCAGUUCUCCCAUGAUCACCCAACAGAUGUCGACUACAGAGUAAUGGCAACAUUCACAGAGUUGUACACCACUCUCCUGGGAUUCAUCAACUUCAGACUGUACCAUUCCCUCAACCUGCUCUACCCACCAAAGCUGGACAGUAAAGCAGAGUCAGAGCUGAAGGAGGAGAAUGAGGAGGACUAUGCCAUGAAUUCAGAAUGCUACUUGGAGAAACUGUCAGCUCUGAGCGCAAGUCUAGCGCGGGUAGUUUCUACUGCCGAGGAGGAAGAUGCUGAACUUGACCAGUUUCCUGUUGAAGGGGAAGAAAUGGAAAAUUUGGAGGCAAAAGAAAAGGAACAGAAACAGCAGGAGGCCCAGAAAAAGCUCUUUGAGGGCGUCAAGUUCUUCGUCAACAGAGAAGUUCCUCGAGAGUCUUUGGCUUUUGUCAUCAGGUGUUUUGGUGGCGAGGUGUCCUGGGACAAGUCUGUUUGCAUUGGUAGCACAUAUGAGGUGUCCGAAGAAACCAUCACACAUCAAAUUGUUGACAGACCCAAUGUCGACAAACAAUAUAUCAACAGGUACUACAUCCAGCCCCAGUGGGUGUAUGAUUGCAUCAACGCCAAGAUCCUCCUGCCUGUGGAGGACUACUUCAUCGGAGUGACGUUGCCUCCUCACCUCUCUCCGUUUGUGGAGGAGAAGGAGGGCGACUACGUGCCCCCUGAGAAAGUGAAGAUCUUGGCCUUACAACGUGGAGAAAAACCUGCCCAUGAACAGGAGGAUGAGGAGGAAGAUGAAGAGGAGGAGGAGGAUGAAGAAGAAGAAGAUGACGAGGAAGAGGGUGACAUUGAUGAUGGAGAUGAUGACCUAGAGGCAGAAGAGAAGAAGCUUAAGAAGAUGGAAGAACAAAGAGCUCAGGGCAAGUCUCUGCAAGUCAAAGUGACGCCUGGAAAAAUGAAGGUAGAAAACCCAGUGCGUUUGGAGGAGGAGGAGAAAGCAGAGGAGAAGCGACUCGCCAUUAUGAUGAUGAAGAAAAAGGAGAAGUACCUCUACGACAAGAUCAUGUUCGGAAAGAAAAGAAAAAUCCGAGAGGCUAACAAGCUGACCGCCAAGAGGAAGGCCCAUGAUGAUUCAGAGAAAGCAAAGAAGAAGAAGACUCGCAAAUGACUCGUCUGACUGCAUCCUCUUCAGACUGACCCAUGUAUUUAUGUUAAUGGGGUAGCGUGCAUUAGAGGUGGACAUGUCAUAAAACCUACAAGUGCAUUCGACAUGUCUGACUGAGUUAGUGCUCAUGAUGUUUGUGUGAUAACUUUCAAGCUGAAAUGCAGGAAAUGGUUUAUUCUAAUUGUGUUAUAAGUCGUGUAAAUGUUUGAAUUCAUUUUGUUUGUAUGAACUCUGUUCUGCUAUUCUACAUUACACAAGAUAUUCCACUUUAUUUUAAAAUCUGUACUUGAAUGAGUGUCUUUUAAAGUAAAAACACCAUCUAUUAAA